UGUUGGCCAAGAAGCAGAAGUUCUCCACCAGUGAAGUGACACACACACAGGCAGGCUGUCUACGCCCUCAGGCAGCUCCCUCACACUGGAUUUCUGUGGCAUGGCUCCGUCCGAGGACAGUGUGGCUGUCUGGAGCUGUAAGCAGGUGGCCCAGUGGCUGCAGGAGGAAGGUUUUGGGGAGUAUGAGGAGUUAUUGUGCAGCCAGCACCGCCUGGAUGGGCCCAGCCUGCUGGCUCUGACUGAGGCUGACCUGCGGGGUCCACCACUGGCCCUGAGGGUUCUUGGAGACAUCAAGAGGUUAACCCUGGCACUUCGCCGGCUCCGGAGACAGAACGUGGCCGAGCUGGAGGAGCUGGGCCUGCAGCAUUCAGACAGCCUCCCCUCUGGGCUCUCGUCGGGCUCCGAAGGAGGAGAGUGGGGAUGUGAUGGAGCAGAGAGGAGGUGUAACGGAGCUGAUCACUUGUUUAAUGGGACUGAGCUGCGGCUUAGGAAUGGCGACAGAUCUGGAUACGGUUCAGGAGCGACACUGUGUCAUACACACUCCAACAGGAGGUAUAGGCAGCACCUGCUUGGUAGACUGGACCCAGAAGUGUGGAAGACAAUCAUGAGUUGCAUAUAUGUGUUUUGUGUGUUCGGAUUCACGUCUGUUGUCAUGGUCUUUGUGCACGAGCGGGUCCCCGACAUGAGGACAUACCCACCACUGCCUGAUAUAUUCCUGGACAGCGUUCCAAGAAUACCCUGGGCUUUUGCAAUGGCCGAAGCUUGUGGCCUCAUCCUGUGUUAUAUGUUUAUGUUGAUCCUGCUGCUUCACAAACACAGAUCCAUUCUCUUCAGGCGGCUGUGUUCUUUAAUAGGAACUGUGUUUCUGCUUCGUUGCUGCACCAUGUUUGUCACCUCGCUCUCCGUGCCCGGGCAGCACCUGAAGUGUGCCAGCAAGACAUACGGUGAUAUCUGGGAGAAGAUACAAAGGGCGUUAGCGAUCUGGAGUGGGUUUGGCAUGACCCUGACUGGUGUGCAAACAUGUGGAGACUACAUGUUCAGCGGACACACGGUUGUCAUAACAAUGCUCAACUUUUUUGUAACUGAAUACACGCCACGAACCUGGAACCUGAUUCACACCAUCUCCUGGGUGCUUAACCUGUUUGGCAUCUUCUUCAUCCUGGCAGCCCACGAGCAUUACUCAAUCGACGUGUUCAUCGCCUUCUACAUCACCACCCGCCUCUUCCUCUACUACCACACUCUAGCCAACACCCGUGCCUACCAACACAGCCGGCGAGCACGCAUCUGGUUCCCCAUGUUCUCCUUCUUCGAGUUCAAUGUGAACGGACCCGUCCCCAACCAGUAUAACUGGCCGUUCAACAAACCCGCCUUCAUGAAGACUCUGAUUGGAUAGAGUAAGACGUUCAGAGAGCUGCAGCUGCUGUGUGCAUGGGCUGUAACAUUUACAGCCUGAAUUAGAGACUUUAUACUUGACAUGCUGCUUCUUAUCUUCUGUUUUACCUCAUUCGCAUGAAUCUUUAUUUUGUUAAAUAAUCGGAUGUUUGAAACCUCUUGUAGAAACACAAUGUGUUGGUUUUACACUGUUGCUUUAAUGGACACAUGCUAAAGCAAUAAUUUCUCACCUAACAAGAGCAAACUUUAAAUCUAUUCCUUUUAAUUUUUUUCUGAGAUUAAACUUUACACUGCUGCAUAAAGUAAAAGAAAUGUGGUUUACUGCAGGUACAGACAUUUCCUUUAAUCCAUAUUUGCCUUGAAAUAAUCACUUUGAUUAUACAUAUUCCACUUUUGGGAUGUCUAAGGUUCACUAGUGGUUUGUGUUGGGUUUUUUACUCAAUAUUUAAUUUGGGAACUUAUCAGCGGACAGCGGUCACACACUUGUAAUGAAGAUCGAUGCUGUAAUAAAGAUUACUUCUUUCAAUCUUUGAAAGUUGACAUAACGACAGUUUAAAUGUUGUUUUGCUGGAAACGGAUGUGACACCAGUUUGGUCGCUGCUAUCUAAGGAAGAACGUUUAUUUUGAUGGUGCAACAGGAAAAACGCGUCCUGGUCUGUACUGACAGACCAGGGCGUUUCAGUCACUCAGAUAAAAACUGUUUAUUUGUUUCAUUCACACUUAAUUUUUCAAUUUAUUUUUCAAAACUUUUUUAGUAUUCGUUGGUGUCAGCUCUGGGACACUACACUGAGCUUCCUAUACAUUCGCAACUUAUCCAAACCAAAUAUCUGAACAUCUUUUGCAAUGUUCAAUUUUGCCAGUGAGCCUGUUUGUUUACAGGGCGCUAAUGAUGAAGCUGGGGUUUGUUUAAGCCUCUGUCGUCCAGUUUCUCUCUCUUGCACAAAGACUGACUUCUCAUUUAUACAACUGAGGACAAACAGUUAGAUAACAAAGAAUAAAAAGAAAAAUACUUUGUUGUUUAGGAUCUCCUGGUCGAUCCAAACUAUAUUUUUUAAUAAUCGUUUACAGUUUGAUGUUUUAUUUUUAAUGCAAGUGUUCUGCCGGCUUUUUGGCUUUACAAUAAAAGUUUACAGAAAAAGAAA